UUUUCAUACUGUUGCUCUCAAUCAGUCGGCGCGAACCGCAGAGGCUGAAGUCCUCACAUUCCAGUCGCCACUUUCGGACACCAAUCAGUCGUUCACCAAGAACUCGUCCCUACAUGCCUUGGCGCUGGACUCUGUGAGGAAGUACUUAUCGCUGGACUGCUCGGGCUGCACUCGUCAACAUGGCUCAGCUUUCAGGCUUCUGGAAGCGACACGGCGGCCACACCGAAGGAACCGAAAUGGACAUGUCCAUGGACAUGAGCUCUACCUCAUCAAUAGAGCCUCUCUCAGCAGAAGGCGUGGACUUCUCCAACCGAACUCAAGCAAGCGCUUUCCUGGAAGACCUUCUCGACGACACAUACCUCAAGAUCGACGGCGCAAAUCAUGCAAAGUAUUUCUGGUACGGAAUUGUGGUCUUCAUUGGCGUGACAAUGCUCUUCAAACUUAUGCGCUGGCUCAUAUUGCAAAAACGCCUACGAGAAGCUGCGAGGCGUAAAGUUGACCCAUCGAAGCCGAAACAUACCCCAGUGACGUGGUUUGCGACUGUCACUGCGAUGGGACGAGAAAUGUCUUAUUACCAGUUUACACCAUUCCAGAAAGCCGGCCUCAAGAUUCCGCCUGUUGGCACAGUCAUCCUGGUCCUCGCCUAUCUGGCAUUCGUGCUGGCGCUUGAGUUCGUUGACAAUGACGUUGAAGGAGCACAAUACUGGCAAGCUCUUGGAGUACGUGCUGGCUGGCUUGCUGUAGCACAAACUCCACUUCUCAUCUUGCUGGUCAACAAGAACAGCGUAAUUGGCACUUUGACCGGAACAUCUUGGGAGCGUCUCAAUGUGCUCCACCGAUGGUCUGCCAGGAUCAUGCUUCUCCUCGCAGUCUUCCAUUUCGCCUUCCAAAGCACCGGCUGGCAAGAAUUCGGGGUUAUGCAGCUGGAAUGGCAGACUGAUGAUUGUCCAACUACCGGCAUGGCAGCUUUGGCAUUGCUACUAUGGAUGAAUUUCAGCACAAUAGCCCCGCUACGAGAGCUCUCCUACGAAUUCUUCGUGGCACAGCACAUCAUCACAUUCUUUGGCUUCAUCGUGGCGAUCAUGCUCCACCUGCCGAGCACUGCAAUAUCAAGCCGGGUGUACAUCUACAUCCCGAUUGGACUUUACCUGCUCGAUCGCAUUUUACGAUUCGUGAUGGUUGCUUGGAACAACUUGCGUGUCAGUCGAGCUUCAAUGAUCCAGAUGGAAGGCGGUGUCACAAAGCUGCGAAUCUCUACUCGAACCAUCAAGAGCUGGCGUCCUGGCUCACACGUCCUACUGUCGAUACCAAAGUUCGGCCUCAUGCAAAGUCAUCCUGCUACCAUCUUGUCAACGCCAGACUCGCAUGAUGGCGACUUGGUGUUCCUGCUCAAAGGACACGGCGGCUUCACCAAGAAGAUCUAUCACGGAGCCAACACAUCAUCCGAGGCCCUCAUCUCAGAAAAGAAAGACAACAGCGACAUUGAACGCAAUGCUCAAAUCGCCAACGCAACCCAUGUCGCGGUCAUCGACGGCCCAUACGGCGGCACACAGUCCGACCUCGCAGCGUUCGAUUCUGCCCUGCUCUUAUCAGGGUCUACAGGCAUAACAUUCAACCUCUCCAUCCUCCAACACCUCGCCGAAAGAGUCACAACCCAAGGCAGAAGACUCCCAAUCCGACGAGUCCACCUAGUCUGGUGCGUCAAAAGCAGCUCCUCAGCACGCUGGUUGAACAAAGAGAUCGCCACCGCCUACGAAAAACUCCACGCUCAAGGAAUUAACGUCCAAAUCAGCAUAUACGUGACCUGCGCAGACCAGUUCACCGACCAGAGCACCAGUCUCGCACCUAAAGAAUGCGGUUGCGAAUGCGAUAAAUCCAAAGGUCCUUGUUGCUGUGUCAUAGUCGACGAAGAAGAGGAAGGCGAGCAAGUUGUCAAAGAAGACAAGAUCACACCUACAAAACCCAUCCCCAAGGCUGAAACGAAACUGUCUUCGCCGUCUCUGGAGCAGCUACUGCCAGAUCAAACACCUCUCGGGAUCCGACUACCGUUCCUCAGCUGUGCUACAUUCUACUCUGGCCGACCAGAUGUCGAUCGACUGAUCUCAAUCCUGCUCGAUGGCGCUUGCGGAGAAUCAGCGAUCUCAGUAUGCGGUCCGCUCGGGCUGACAUCGACUGUCAGGAACACUUUAGUCCGACAAAGUGACGCGAGAGCAAUACAUAAAGGCACCGGAGCUCAAGGGUGUUAUUUGCAUGUUGAGAGUUUCUCAUAGAUCAAGACCUCUGCUUGUCGCAGGAAUGAAAUUUUGAAAUGCCAAUGCCAAUCCUCCAUAUGGUAGAUAAGUGUUCU